UGCUGAGUCCACCUCACCACCAGAGUCCUCUGUUGUCCGACUGAAGCCGCGGCAAUGAAACGUAACGUGACUCCUCUGUUUGUCUCUGCAGCCCUGCCUCGUCUUAAAGGCCCGCUACCGCUUUAACCUAAAAAACUGCCGCGGAAGCUAGCCUGAGCCAGCACUUUGCUCUGGGCUGCUUUAUCAAAAACAGUAAAGGCUAUUCGAGAGCCGACACUGGGCUUGGCGCUUUUACGGAAAAAGUCCCGGCGCAUUCGGCAUGCCUCUCCACAGCAUUUGGCCCCUGUGUUGGAUGUUUGGUUGUGUCUAAACUAAAGUGGGCACAAUGGGCAACGAGGACAGCCUUGAAGAUGUGUUUGUUGCAGUCAUUCGUCCAAAGCAUCAAGUCAGCCUGAGCUCGAAGGAAUACAGAGCUAAAGCCUAUGAGGUUCUGCUGAAAGAAGUGCCUAUAGAGGGGAAAGAGAAGAAGAGAAAGAAAGUCCUUCUGACGACAAAGCUGAGAGCAGGAGACAAAUCCAAAUCCAUAUUGGAUUAUGUUGACGAAAUUAUGAAACCUAUCUCCAACAACCAAGGCUUCAGCGGAAAGCGUGUGGUGCACAUGAAGAAAUUUGCUCUUGAUAUUGACAACGAAGGGAAAGAGGUCUCUCUCUAUGUUGUGCCAGUCGGUGUAAAAGACAACAGCAAACCCAUCCACCACCCUGGGAGCCCCAGCUUUUCCUGCUUCCAGGACAUCAUGCGUGUGUGCAGUGAAACUAGCCCUCACUUCUGCUCCGUCACAGCCAAGAUGCUCCUGGCCUUAGACAAAUGGUUGGCAGAGCAGCACACCGUGCCGCAUGCCAUUCCCGCUCUGUUCAGGCCGGCUCCCGUAGAGCGGGUGAAAACUAACGUGAGCAACCCAGCUUACAACAGCGAGGGGAAACUGUGUGAUGAGGGUCUACACAUGGGCUACACUGCUUUGGAGAUUAAGAGUAAGAUGAAAUCUCUGGAGAAGGCGGACAUGUGCAUCCUGAAUCCACUCUACGGCUCCGAUCUGCAGUACACCAACCGAGUGGAUAAAGUUAUAAUCAACCCGUACUUUGGGCUUGGAGCACCAGACUAUUCCAAAAUCCAAAUACCAAAGAGGGAGAAAUGGCAACAUGGAUCUAACUGCGUUGCAGAAGACAAAGAGCAUCAGUGGGUGGAGGACUUCCCCCUCCAUCGCAGCGCCUGUGAGGGAGACACAGAGCUGCUCUCUAAGCUUCUGGACAGUGGUUUUUCGGUCAAACAGCUGGACAGUGAUCACUGGGCUCCCAUACACUAUGCCUGUUGGCACGGCAAAGUCGAGGCAACAAAGCGGUUGCUUGAGAAGGGAAACUGUAAUCCAAAUCUGCUGAAUGGCCAGCUGAGCUCCCCGUUGCACUUUGCUGCCAGAGGAGGGCAUGCGGAGAUCGUUCAGCUCCUGCUGCAGCACCCGGAGAUCGACCGGCACAUUGAGGAUCAGCAGAAGAGAUCACCUCUCCAGGUGUGUGAGGAAAACAAACAGAAUGAAUGGGAGGAGACGAUGAAACUUCUACAGCAAGCCAGCAGCAAGCCGUAUGAAAAGGUGCGCAUUUACCGCAUGGACGGUUCCUAUCGCUCUGUGGAGCUGAAACAUGGCAACAACACGACUGUGCAGCAGAUAAUGGAGGGCAUGCGGCUCUCCCAGGAAACCCAACAGUACUUCACCAUCUGGAUCUGCUCGGAGAACCUGCACCUGCAGCUGAAGCCGUACCACAAACCCCUGCAGCACCUUCGGAUCUGGACUGAGAUCGUGACGGACCUGACGGUGCUGGAUCCUCAAAGAGAGACACCUCAGCUCUUCCUACGCAGGGAUGUCCGACUGCCUCUGGAAAUAGAGAAAAAGGUGGAGGAUCCGCUGGCCAUCCUCAUCUUAUUCGACGAGGCUCGGCACUGCCUCCUGAAGGGCUUCUUUCCUGCUCCAGACAGCAAACUGAUCACACUUGCUAGCCUCCUCCUGCAGAUCAUCUAUGGCAACUAUGAGAGCAAAAAGCACAAGCAAGGCUUCCUCAAUGAGGAAAACCUGAAAUCAAUUGUACCGAUAUUGAAGGUAAAAAGCAAAGCAUACCAUUGGACCAACAGGAUUCUUCACGAAUACAAAGCCCUGAGCACCAGUGAAGGUGUGAGCAAAGAGAUGCACCAUCUUCAGAGACUCUUCCUGAAGAACUGCUGGGACAUCCCGACCUACGGAGCAGCUUUCUUCACCGGUCAGGUGUACACAAAGGCCAGCGCCAGCAACCACAAAGUCAUCCGCGUUUAUGUCGGGGUCAACACCAAGGGGCUUCACCUCAUGAACAUGGAGACCAAGGUCCUUCUUAUCAGUCUGGAAUACGGCACGUUCAUGUGGCAGCUCGGACACGCUGACCAGUACUUCCAAAUACACAGCGGUGACAACAAAAUGAACUUUAUAGUGCACACAAAACAGGCUGGCCUUAUUGUGAAGCUCUUAAUGAAACUCAGUGGACACAUGACUCCAAAUGAUAAAGCUGUUACAGAUAAAUAUGCCUAUGGCUGAAAAACACAACCAAACCACAUCUGCUAAAGGCCUGGUUUAGUUUCCCGUUGCUGACCAUUAUCUGUCCGUCUUAAUUCUGGAUGGAAAGUCAGUCACUCCACAGAUGCCUCAUUUUGAUAUCUGACAUGACUAAACUUUGUGCAUGUUCGGUGUAAAUAUGUUUGUUAUUUAAUGUUUGUUUUAAUAAACCGAAUGAUG